AUGCUAGAGCAUUUUGAAGCACGCGACCUCAAGUUCGAUAUCGAGUCCGCGUCACGACUCUCGGAAGGACUCAAAAGGUCACCGCAGUUGAAAUCUGUUGUGCUACACUACUGCGGCCUCAGUAAAAAGGGGAUGAAGCUCCUGUUGAAAGCACUUCAGCAGUGCGACCACUUGACGUCUUUGCAAAUCCGUGAUUACAGCUUGAAGAAAGCUGCUGCUGUGCAUCUGGCGGAAAUUGUAAAAUGCAACAGAUACCUGAAGGACCUCUUUCUCUAUCAUAUGCCUGACGAUGCAUUGGAAAUUAUCGCGAUUGCACUCAGAGACAACAGUUCGAUUGAGAAUUUGAAAAUAAAUAAAUCUAAUGAUAGUGCCCGUAGUAUGCCGCACAUUUCUGAUGCCUUGAAGACGAACGAGACAAUAAGAACGCUCGAGCUCAAUGAUUGUGGUACGGAGAAAAGUGAUGUGGUUCCGUUUGCUCAGGCUCUAAAAGUGAACGUUACUCUCCAGAAGCUUCAACUUCGAGGGAGCAGGUUCAGAGACGCAGGUGCAAGGCAUCUAGCACAAGCUCUGGAGUCAAACCAUACGCUUCGUGAGCUCGAUAUCUCCUGGAACGACCUGACAGAAGUAACCCGGGUACAGUUUGUGAAGGCUCUUACAGUGAACACUUCACUGAAAGUGGCGCGUCUUGGAGCGAUCGAUUUCUCUGGCGAGGUUGACGAAGAGAUUGCUCAGGUUAUCAGAGGCCAUGAGUGUUGCCACAGAAUCUGUACAACGUGGAACACCCUUGCGCUGAACGAGUUGGCACGUCUCAUUUCACUCAACUAUGGCGACGUCAAAAAGACGUACAUUUCGUGCGUUGAGGAGACCCCUAUAUUACAGGUGACCUCAGCACUAGCAUCAAACUGUCACACAGAAGUGCACAUCGAAAGAGCUGAUGACGCGACACCCGGAGGCGAGGUGGUUAAAGCUCUUGCGCAACUUAUCGAAAAGACCAGGUCCCUGAAGUUUCCCCGCUGCACAUGCCCUUUUGAAGUUGUCGGUGAAGUUGACGGUGAAGAUGACGAUGUUUUCGCUCUUUUCAUCAAGGGCCUUACAAACAACGAUACGAUCAACCGUAUGGCUUAUUUUGACGCAGGGGCACUCAAAGUGAUAGCGAGGCAUUUCCCCAAGAACUACACGCUCUCCACAUUCUGUGCGGGUUUGGAGGGUUGUAGCUCACGAGCACUGUGCGAGAUUUUUAACGUGCUCCGGAGAAAUGAGCAGCUCCUCAAUCGUGCUACGAGGUUCGCCCUGGGUACUGCAGGGAGACUUAGGAGAGACUGA